UUUCAUUGAACUAUCUAAGUUUGUGAAACUCUUAAACGGUGUAGCUGAAUAUUGACCUAUGUAAUUAAAUACAUGAUAUGUAAUUUCUCAAAAAGGGAUACAAAAAUGGCGGAAAAUGGAAGUAAAUUAGGAGAAGAUAAUGAAGUUUCUGGUCGUGUGAAGGAACAUUUCUGUCAACCAUGUUUAAGUAAGGAUAAGAAAACUGUAGCUGAAAAGUUUUGUUCAACUUGUAAUGAAUUCCAAUGUAUUGAUUGUUCAAAUAUUCACAGCAUGCUAGCCAUAUUGACAAACCAUAAAUUGGUGAGCUUGAAAGAAGCUAAUGCUGCAACUCUUUCAUUUAAAAUGAAGGCAUUAGGUCUAUGUGAUCAACACCAACAUUCUUUUGAAUUCUUCUGUGAAGAUGAAAAGAAGCUCUGCUGCAGUACUUGUGCUUUUGUUUAUCACAGAAAAUGUCACAGCGUUGUAGAAAUUGAGAAGAUCGCUUGGGAAAAGGCCUCACCAAUUUCUACCUUAGGGGAGAAAUUAAAGGAAGCUAAGGAAGCUGCUGAAAGUGUUGCAAGACAUAUUCGCUCUUCAAAAGAUCAACUUGCUGACGAUAUAAAAGAAAUACUUACAGUGAUUAAAACAAUGCGAGACGAAGUAAUGAGAAUAUUUGAUGAUCUAGAAGAUUCGGUCGCCAAAAGAGCUGAAACUCUUCAGAAAGAAACAUUCGACAAUCUGACAAAGAGGCAAGCACAAAAUGAAAUUAAUUUGGCUGAUGUAGUUUCGUGCAUAGAGACGAUUGAAAACAUUUACAAAAGUGGAACUCCAUUGCAAAAAUAUAUAGCAGAACAGAAAAUGAAGAGUAAGGUCAAUGCUCUGUGCAGAAACGUCAACGAGGACUGUAAGAACCUAGAGAAGGUGAAUAUUUCUUUUCACUUUGACGACACAUUAAAGCUGCCACCAUUACCGAUCUCUGAAUAUGUUCCGGGACAACUGGAAUUAAAGUACUAUCGACAUGAAGAUGAUAGUUCCGUUGACAAGGCGAAGACUUUAAAACCAGUUUAUUCUAUUAAUUUGAAGAAGACGGGAAAUGAUGUCAAUGAACCGUUCUAUACAGGUAUUGAUUGUCUACCUGAUGGUAGACUGGUGGCUGUGGAUAACAAUAACAAGAAAUGUUUAGUGUACAAUGAGAAGCUUGAGAAAGUAGGAUCAUAUCAGCUAUCUUACUAUCCAUUAUCUGUUGUUGUAGUAUCUGAAGAGGAAGUAGCGAUUACACGCGGUAAAGGAUACAAUAUAGAAUUUCUACAUGUUAGUAAAUGUAAUGAAAUAAGGUCAAAUAGGACAUGUAAAGUGAAAGCGAAAUGUUACUCUAUAUGUUUGAAAAAUGAUAGACAGUUUAUAGUAGGUUCAUAUGAUGAUCCAAGACCUGUUCGUAUUGUAUCAUUGACUGGAGAGGAGCAAGAUUUGAGAAUUAACUUUCCAAACAAGACAUAUCCUAUAGGCACUAGCGCUAGUACUUACAUAAAAGGCAGUGACAACGUAGUGAUUACAGAUAGAGUCGAGCAAAAUGUCUACAUAUAUGAUAUAAAGUCAAACACGAGGGUCGUAGUGAAUGAUGAUCAGAUACAGGAUCCAUGUGGUGUAGCAGUUGGUCCUUCUGAAUCUAUUCUGGUUUGUAGUUGUGAAACAAACUCUAUUGUACAGAUAUCCCAAACAGGUCAUAUCUUAUCAUCAUACACGAUAAAAAUGAAAUAUCCACAUAGAGUAUGUGUCUCAUGUGAUAAAUCCUUUCUUGUUGUUACAAAUUGCGGUGAAGGAAAAAAGAAAAUGCAGAAAUUCAAAAUAUCAUAUUGUCGUGCAAACAAAUGUGUUAAGAAAGUGUAGAAUAAGAAAAUUCAAAAUGCAGUCAGUGUAUGCUAUGACAGACAAAUUUAGCAUCGUUAACAUCUGAGGAGUGAACAAUUAUUAAUCAUUUCAUUGAUUUUUAUUUUUUAUUUCAUUUUGGGCGCACGCACGUCAAUUUGAAUAUUUCCAAUUAAUUGAGAGAUUGGAAAGGCAUAUAUGUAAAUAAACUCAUGUUCUGUAUUAUAUAUCUUAUUCAUCUAUAAUCUGCACAUUAUAUUGAAUGUAUAAUUAUACAUUUGUAUGUCUGCAAAUAUCAAUCUUUCGAUAUUCUAAUUGUUUUGUUAUUUCGCUAAAUUUGAUUAAUCACAGUAUGUAGUGAUAUAUUGACGUUACAUUAUUUUUAAUAUCUUUCAGUUUAACUCUAAAAUAUUGCUUCACCGACAGUGUUUAGCCUUUGUCACCUGUUUAAAACCCAGCUAGCUUGCACUUCCACACAGUCUGGCCUGUUAAAUGCUCAAUUAAUCUAUUGUGAUAUCUAAAUUGCUUACACUUCGACUUUACUGUACACGACAAAUCCAUUUUAUAAAUUUAAAAGGUGAAGGGUAAAUAACAGUAAAUUUGAUAAGAUAAAAUUUAUACCAAUUUUUGCUUAAGUUUACAAGAUUACAUUCUGAUUUUUAAUGCUAAAUCCUAGUAUAGAGGUACAUAGGAGUACAGUUAAUCUUAAUUAUAAGACCACUCGAGGGUCAUUGUAAAUCUUGUCUUAAUAUGCGGGCUGGGCAAAUUAAUGAAUUUGUCUAAACUGUAUUUCUAAUCUGAAAAAUGUAUUGAAAAUGUAUAUAUUUUUUCUAUAUUUCAACAUAAUUAUAUGUAAUAUCAUGCUCUCUUUAUGGUUAAUCAAGAUG